AUGGAUUUAUUGCAGCUGAAUGAUAAAGAGGCUUUACCAUGGUGUGGGAUUGUGCAGAUAGGUGACCGUAUCCUGUCUAUAAACGGGAUCCCUACAGAGGACAGCACCUUGGAAGAGACCAAUCAGCUACUGAGAGACUCCAGCAUCACCAGCAAGGUCUCGCUGGAGAUAGAGUUUGAUGUGGCAGAGUCAGUCAUCCCUAGCAGUGGCACCUUCCAUGUGAAGCUACCAAAGAAGCCUGGGGUGGAGCUGGGGAUCACUAUCAGCUCUCCAUCCAGUAGGAAACCUGGGGACGCACUCAUCAUCUCCGACAUCAAGAAGGGCAGCGUGGCUCACAGGACUGGGACUCUGGAGCUGGGGGACAAGCUGCUGGCCAUCGAUAACAUCCGUCUGGACAACUGCUCCAUGGAAGACGCUGUUCAGAUUCUCCAGCAGUGUGAAGAACUGGUCAAGCUCAAGAUCCGCAAGGACGAGGACAACUCAGACGAACAGGAGCUGUCUGGAUCCAUCAUCUACACGGUGGAGCUGAAGAGAUAUGGAGGCCCGCUGGGGAUCACCAUCUCAGGCACAGAGGAGCCCUUUGACCCCAUCGUCAUCUCCAGCCUCACCAAGGGAGGACUGGCCGAGAGGACGGGAGCGAUCCACAUCGGGGACAGGAUCCUAGCCAUCAACUGUAACAGUCUGAAGGGUAAACCACUGAGUGAAGCCAUUCACCUGUUGCAGAUGGCUGGAGAGUCUGUCACACUGAAGAUCAAGAAACAGGGAGACUUGGCCAGUCCCAAGCAGCCGUCGGUGUCUGGUCAUCUCAGUGAUGUGAUGCUGAGUGAUGUGGAGGACGAGGCAGGGUUAGGCGGGCUGGGAAACCAGGCAGAGAGCCAGAAACUUGGGAAGCUCUCUGACCUCUACUCCACCACCAUCCCCUCUGUGGACUCAGCCGUGGAGUCCUGGGACGGCUCAGCCAUACACACCACCGUCAACACACAGGCCCCAGGUUUCCAGGCUUCUGGCUACAGCUUCCACAGCCAUGAGUGGAGGAACGCCAAGCCCAGCCAAGGCAGCCUGUCCCCCGUCAGCACCCGCCAGAGACACAACAUCCUGGCAGGCCUCAGCGACGACGAAUGGGACACACCCACCACCGGAGGAGCUUCUACACUGCCCACUGGUCUAAUCACUGACAGCAGGUUCACUGUGGGUCAUGACGGGACCGAGCCGGACCAGGAAGAGAACUUCUGGUCUCAGGCCCUGGAAGAUCUGGAGACCUGUGGCCAGUCUGGCAUCCUGAGGGAACUGGAGGACGAGCCAGACAGGCUUCUGAAUAAGAGAAACUUGGCCACCAUUAUGUCAGGCAGUAGUCUGAGUCUGAACCAUGACCCUGCUCCUCUGAGGAGCCACCUGGGUCGGCAGGCCAGCUUCCAGGAGCGCAGCGCAGCCCGGCCGCAGUGCAACCAGUCCUCGCGCUCCAACACCCUGCCCAGCGACGGGGGGCGCAAGGCCUUCGCCAUGAGGAAGAUGAAGCAGGAGAUGAAUGACGUCAUGUCGCCCACCCCCGUGGAGCUGCACAAGGUGAGUCUGUUGAAGGAGUCGGACCUUGAAGACUUUGGCUUCAGUGUGUCGGAUGGCCUCCUGGAGAAAGGUGUCUAUGUCAACAACAUCCGCCCAGGUGGACCUGCAGAGGUCGGGGGGCUGAAGUCCUACGACAGGCUGCUACAGAUCAACCACGUGAGGACCAGAGACUUCGACUGCUGUCUGGUGGUCCCUCUGAUCGCCGAGUCAGGAAACAAACUGGACCUGGUGAUCAGCAGGAACCCUGCUUCCUCCAGAACCGGGUCCCAGUCAGAACUGAACCAGCUACCCGCCGAGGAGCCCGUUAUCAACUGGACCGAGCCGGGGGACAGCCUCUCUGGCCCUCCACCCAACCAGAACCACCAUUCCUUGUCCAGGAUGGCUGCUGGAAUCGGGGUGACUGGGAUCGGGGCGGCGCUGGCCGGGGCUGGGCUAGAUGAGAGAGACCCCACUAAGACCUUAUAGCAGACUGGAGGUCUGA